AGACGUGAAAGAAAUAGAGAAACAAGUUUGCAACGUUGAUGGCGAAUUUUAUCAAGGCGGAGAAACUUUCAGUCCGAAAUCUAAUCCUAAAUUGGAGUGUUAUUGCAUGCCUGGAUAUACAGGUGAAAAUAUCGAGCCCUUCUGUGAAGAAUUGAAACGUGACACUUGCUCCCCUCUGUUUGAACAAGCUGCUCAAAUUCGUCAAAAGUGUGCACCUGUGUAUUAUUUCCAGGAUCCAUACGAUUCCUGCGCUUUUGUUUAUAGAUGCCGAAACAAAAUGUGUCAGUAUGGUAACCUUAUGCUGAAUAUAGGCGACGAGUUGAAUCAAAUACAAACUGACAUUUUCUCUGCCAAUGUAAAAUGCGUGUGCGAGGUGCCUCCGAUAGUUACGUGCCAGAGAAAGCAAGAAACUACUCAAUUGUCAUCAAAAAGAAGUUUCUGAUAAUCUUUUUUUAUUUAAUCCUUUGAACUCGAUUUGUUGAUUUUUUAUCUAUUAGUCCACUUGUAUUUAUCAUAGGUAAAUUAAUGUACAAUGAUAAAAUUCAACGUUUUUAUUAUAAAA